AUGGUAAAGAGAAUCAACCCUGAGUUUCGUUUUCUGCUUCUGGUGUUUUCUGUGGCUUUUUUGACGGAUACAUGCUGGGGACAGAACAAUGUGCCCCUAACGCAGAACUUGAGCUUUGCUGCUAUAAGGCUAUGGUCUGACAGUCCUAACACCAUCAAUCAAGGUCGGGUGGAUCUGCAAAUGAGCAAUGAAGUUUGGGGAAGUAUUUGUCCAGCCAGUUGGAACGAGUCUGUGACCGCCAUAAUUGUCAACACAAUAUGUGCCAUGCUUGGGUUUAUGAAUGGCGGUAAAAGAGUCCCAAACACAUUUGGAGCUGGAAAUAAAAACUUUAUCAUUGAGAACGCUACCUGCCCAGUCAACGCCACCUCGUUGUACCAAUGCACUCAGUAUUUCCUGAAGAAGUGCGGGCCUCAGGAUCAAGAACUAGCUGUGGAGUGUGUCCCUGACCCGCGCGGAUCUAACUUUGUGCAGCUGGCAAAACCUAGUCCUGUGCAGGGGUCUGGAGGGUUGUCAUGGAACCGCGCCGCCGUGAACACGGUCAUACUGAACGGUACCAAUACCACAAAUUGUGUUGCCAGCCCGAAUGCCCGACUUUUCAGCGGUGACGUUGUCAACAGUUCAGUUGGCAAUGGCUUUGUUCAGGUCAAGAUCAACGAUCAAUGGGGGUUUGUCUGCACCGACACUUGGAACCAGGCCGCAGCCAUUGUCGUCUGCAGAGAGCUGUGUUAUGAGAGCGUCCCAGGUUUCACACCUCUUCCCGGAGUCAUUGCUAAGUCAGUACCCGACCAACUGAACAGGACCUUUGCCCUGAGCAGCGUCAACUGUGUUGGAACAGAAAGCAGUCUCCUGGCAUGUCCUGUAGUUAACUCUUCAGCCGUCUGCUCACCGUCUACUGUUCUUGCCGGCGUCCAGUGCCGCCCUGACUGUUGUGAAGACAAACCGAUCGUCAUGCCCUAUAUGAACUGCAGCACAGAGGUGCUGAUCGCAAACUUCACCAAGGACAGGUUUCCAAUGAUUACCGUCAACAAUAUUUUCCUGGUCAACUAUGUACCCAGCCAGUGUAUGAACGUCACCUCCAACCAGGCCGGCGAUGUUCUCGUCAACGUCUCCGUGGCUUCCGGAUGCGGAGUGAACCUUCAGGAAAACUCUACACAUAUCACGUAUGCGGUCUCUGUCCGAGCCAUCUGGGUGUCUGGAUCCGUGGUUAUCAACGCUUACAGCAAUGUCAGGUACGACCUGGUUUGUUCCCUUCCCAAAGUGUACGUAGUCACCAACAGAAUGGAGCCCUACACGAAGGCACCAAACGUGACCCUUUAUCAGCAGUACAAUUUUUCAAUGAGCUUGGACCUGUUCACGGACUGUAACUUCACCACAGCCGUGGGUGCGCUGGGUUCUGUCUACCUCGUGGAAGUGGGUCAGUGGUUGAAUGCUGCCAUCGCAGUGGAUAACUAUGACCCCAGGACUAAGCUGGUACUGACCGAUUGCGACGCAUAUCCUGUCAUCCCUUAUACCGCCUACACCCCUGUGGUCAAACUGAUUCAAGAUAAGUGUCCUGUCAAUCCCACUUUGACCAUGUACUCACUGGACAAUCGCCGAGAAGGAUUCCAGGUCAGAGCUUUCUUGUUUGCUGGCUACAGCAUGGUCUACAUCCGCUGCUCCAUCAACAUCUGCCUGCUCAACUCCACUAGCGCCGAAUGCGACCGCUCCUGUCAGAACCCUUUGCUCGGGCGCAGAAAGAGAUCUGCCAAUAUCCUGGGAUCGGUUUCUGUGGAUACAAAAACUAUAUUUUUGUACAACGCAAGUGAUCCAGGUGCUUCGAAAAUACUGCAAAUGCUCAGUCCAAAGGCACAGCCGGGAUCUGAGGACGCUGAGGCAUCGAAUCAAAACAAAGCACUUGUUGAAAACAACGAGGAGCAAGUCACUGCCGACAACCAAAUUACUCACUUGACUACAGACACGAAGACAGCGACAACAGCAACUCAACAAACACGUACAUCCACGUUGUCAAUUCUAAAGAAAACCACAACCGCCAUCCCUUCGACCCGUAGUUAUACAUCAGAGAAAGUUACACCUACAACUGCUACAAAUACUCCACGAAAUCAACAGGAUGUAAAGAACCAAGACCAGGAGUUGAACGAAUCAGAACUGCAGCAAUAUGAGGAUCCGAGGCAAAACCACCCGCUGCAAGAGCAGGAGCGACAGCCAGCAGGACUUGAGGCAAACAGUUCAUCUCCGAAUGUUGCCCAACGUGGCAUAGUAAGCGAGCUCAAAGGAGACAACCCGGAUGGGGCUAGCUGCCUUAUCGGAAGCAGAGCCAUCAGUAUCGUGAUCUGUGCAGUCUGGCUGGUGUAUCUGCUAACAGGAGCUCAACAUUUCAACAUUUAA